CUCAAAAGUACGGUCUCCCCCGCACUGGACGCAGCUCCGAGGGAGCGCGGACAGUCUCCGGAAUGACUCCCAGCAUACCGCGGCUGCUGUCUCUGCCCCUCCAGUGAUGUACCGUUCUUACAUGAAACUAACAUCUUCUAGCCUUUCCCACAAGAGCCUUGACCGGAUGUGCUGCGAAUAACCGUGAGGCGGGCACACAUUUCUCAAAGUCUAACCGUGUGUUAGGUUCUGAGCAUGCAGAUCCAGAUUUACCACAAUAGCAUCGGGGGAGCAGUUCACUGAAAGAAAUAAAAACGCUCCACGGUAAAAUAACACCUGGUCCAAGAGGCACGAUGGUGAACUCUUCCCCGGCAUAUGGCUACUCGUCAGUACCUGCACGAGUCCCAGAACGUCAGACCAAAACAAACAUUGUAGUGAUUGACGGACACAACCUUUACAACAGCAAAGUUUUGGACCACCACCCCCCUCCACGUGUUGACCGCGGAGACGAGGAUGAUGAUGCUUACACGAGGGGUUCGUCAGGAGGCGUGGAUGACACAUGGGCAGAGAAGAACUCUACGUGCCUUCGCGAGAUCCUGAAUUUCCUUUUCCGAUCAGACUCACGACUUUACGCCGAAAAGUACGGUGUGACAGCUGAGGACUACCGCCGACAAUUACGUUUGUAUGAGAGUCCUCAGGCAUUGCUCAAGCGGCCUAUUGGAGCUUACGUGAUCGAACAAACCAUUUGGUUUGUUGUAAAAAGGCAAUACCGAUUUCAAACGGACAACUUGUAUAACCAGUUAGAAGAUGUCGCCGUCCAGCUGCUCAAUUUAUGCCUACGAGAAACCCCUCCAAAAAGCCAAAUCGUCGGUCCGGAUAUCCUUUUGCUUGCUCUUACCGAAUAUCACAACAGACUGUUUUCAAAUUAUUACAAGUGGUGCGAUUAUUUAGGCGAAGAACCGUUCCCAUGGCAGAAACCACCAUGGAUGAGUGAGGGCUACUGUUCUGGAGGACCUAACGAUACACCGCUCACAGACGUGACGGUCAUGGGAUGCAAAGAAACUCCACCUGGGGGAGCUAAAACAGUGCUGUUCUCAGCGGCACUGCGCCAGGAAGCACAGCAGAUGAUGUACGAGGUAGCGUUAUUCAAGCUCUUGUGGGGAGAGGCGGCUAACCUUCGGCAUACACCGGAGCUACUUUGCUGGCUUUUCCACUGGAUGUGUAUGGCCUGGGACCCCGAGUUUAAAGCAGAGGAAGAGUUCGUCGACCUCAUCAGAGAUGUUCUGCAAAGAAUACGUGACGAACAAUGGUAUCUUGCUAGUACACUGCGGUCGCCUGAUCAUGGUGGGAGGCUCCUGUACGACGACAUCAACGAGGUUUUCUGGGAGCGAGCAGCGGUUUCGCUCCUGCGGAAGGAAAGAGCUGCUGCUCUGAACGAAAGGCGGGAGGCAGCGACUCGUUCACAGUCAUGGCACAUGGAUGCUUCUAUAGCGGAGGACCGUCCUGGAACCUCUGGAGGCCCCCGACUCUCAUUCACCCGGGAGAAUCUAAACAUGUUUGUUCACAAGCUCUUAAACGGAACGAAACCAAGUGAAGGAAUAAAGACGUUUAUGGAGCGGCGGACCUACUUACAGCAUGUGCCGGUGUAUCUUCAGGUUCUUAGGAGCUUCUGGCGAGUUAUUGCCUGGCACGGCGUCACCUUCUCUCUUCUGUUUUUCCUCAAGGCAGUCGUCGAUGAUGAAUCUACAGCAGAGCUGGCGUUCACGUGGAACCGAACCGUGGUGACUUCUGUUGUCCUGCACGCUCUGGGACCUCUCUUCGAUCUGAUCCUCCUCAACUGGCGAGCUCUUAGAAAGCAGCACUUUUGGCAGUUUUUCUUCCAAGACAAUGUUGUCAGUCUGACGCGCAUCAUAUUCUUUGCUGUUGUCUGCGCCGUCGUCGAAAUCGAGGGCAUGCAGUCUCCACUCCUCCACUGGAACGGCACAGUUGGGGCGGCGUACUUGUUUUUCUACUUUGCUCAUGGUCUGCAUUAUUAUCUUUUCGUCCGGGUCAAAGGACAAAUGCCUGUAUUUCACCUACUUUGGAGACUGCCAUUCGUGAGCUACAUUGUCAAGCCGUCGACAUUCACGGGCAAUACGCCAUUGCUUGCUGAAGACAUCGGCCACGUGGCUCGAUACAUUCUUUUCUGGAUUCCUGUCAUAGCCCUGAAAACGAGCUACUGGCUCUUUUGUGCUCUUCCAUCCUUGGUUGAGGCAACAAAACACAUUGAGCUGGCAAUUGCAAGGCCUUACAUUAUGGGUUCUAUGACUGGCUUCAUUGAAAGGUCGCCGACAAUGCUGAAAACGGUGCUUUGGACUCCCGCCUUCCUCAUAUGGCUUUUCGAUUUACAGAUCUUCUUUCUCUUAGCUGGCGCGAUAUACGGAAGCCUGGAUGGAUGCUGGAGAAGGGUGGGAUUCUUCAAGAGCUCCCGGAAAAUUCAAAAGCGACUGUUACCAGUUCUAUCUUCUGCGCCUGCUUUUGAUGUCGCUUCGCUGCUCAAGCAAACCUUACGCCCCGGAGAAAAGGAAGAUCGUGCCAUCAGCCAACGACCCAAACUUGAUAGAAGGGAAAGCAUGCGUCGAGCCUUUUCCCGAGUGGACUCAGUGAAAGCUGAAGGCCCUAUCACUACCGUAGACAGCCGUGCUGGGUCUCCGCAGCGAAGCUCAACGAAGGUGCAGUAUCAGAAUUGCAAGGACCCCUAUCGGAACAUGGUUCCUCUACUGCGGACUGCCUCACUAGCAAACCGUGCUGUCCGCGGCGAAUGCGUCGAUGAUCGUGCAAUCGCGCGGAAACGAUUCGGCUUCCUCUGGAAUGAGGUAGUUCGCAGUUGGAGGUUGGAAGACAUCAUUUCGAAUGCUGAGGCAGAAAAACUUUGCUUCAAUGAGCUCCCGCUCCUUGCGAUCAGGAAUGGGGAUUGGUCACUGACGCGUCUACCUCGGCGAGAACCUUUUAUUCAGUGGAACAGAUCAACUUUCCGGCUGCCAGUCUACUGUUACUGUGAUGUAGUACUCGGCUUCCUUAAGAAGUGCGAGAUCUUUCACCACCAAAUCAACGACAGCAUGGCACGUUUUGGCUCCAAGGCUCACAUCGCUCGACAAUUCUUCCGCGAGCAUCUAUCUGACGAUCCAGACCAUCAGGACCCCAGGUUUGAAGAUCUUCUUCACAUUGAGGCAUGUACCGAAAUCGCCGAGGCGCUUUGCCUGUAUGUUGCGAGAUAUUUCGAGCACGGCGCUGACUUGGUUGACGCUAUGAUGGAUCUGUGGAACUGGCUGAAAGAAGAUGGAAGCAGGCUUCUGUGGAUCAAUCUGAUUUCCCUCAAGGAUCUGGUGCCCGUCCUAGAUCGCCUGUUUACGGUUCUUCAACGAACAGGGACAUGGGGAAAGAAUGCAGAUUCUGAUUUGCACAAAUGCAACGAGAAGCUAAAACAGGGCCUGUCUUGUCUGGUCCUCCUUCCCAGCAGCGACCCCGAAAAACUGGUAACCGCCGAACUCCCGGACGCUGUCAAAGAAUACCUUACGAACAUUAACAUCUGCUUCGGCACGCCACGCAGAGAAACAAUGCCUUCAGUGUUCCCACAACCUGUCGAGGUCGAGGAGGUUAAUGGCAUGGUGCGCCAGUUCCAGAUUAUCAUGAGUCAUACACAGCAACUUCACCUUGCCCAGGAAGAAAGCAUUAGCCAUGAUCCAUAUCUAAUGCCCAUGACCGCGGAGCAGAUGGCGGAAUAUCGUUGUCUCCAUGCAAUUCUCUGUGAGGCGGACGCCGAUGUCUUUACUGGGGAGCCUGAUGAGAACAUUCAGCGGCCGCUGCUUCCACAGACUGAAGAAUCCGACGCUUCGAAACUUCUUCUUGCAAAAACCGAACACGCUGUAAAAAUGUAUUUCCGUCGAGCGACUCGCAUAUUGCGCGCCAGCAACCCUUACUUUACAACCACUGAAGCUGAUAGAAGACUGAAGCAUUUCGCAAACUCUCUCCUAAUGAAAAUGCCAGAAUCACCGGAGAUCCACAAAAUGAUCUCUAUGGUGACGUUAACGCCUUAUUAUCGCGAAGAGGCAGCACUUGACCUGCAGGACUUGGAAAAGCCAACCGAGGAAGGUGUUAGCAAAAUGGAGUUGCUUAGGAGUCUACAUCAGACAGAGUUCGAGCAUUUCCUGGAGCGAGUUGACCGAGAAAAAGAAAUGUUCACCAUACACCAAGAGCUGGAAAACCGCGUUACCGAUUCCCCGAGGGAACGAAGGCAGGCAGCCGCCGAUGUUCGGUUUCAAAUGCUCCAGAGCGGGUUGCUUCAGCGUUACGACAGGUUUUGCGAGGCUCUGCAGGAGUGGGCGUCUUAUCGAGGUCAGGUCCUUAUACGUACCGUUCGCGGCAUGAUGUAUCAUGAGAGAGCCAUCAGGAUGCAGGCCUACUUGGAGCAAACGCCUUAUGAAUCGCUUCAUUUGUGCCACGAUCUUAAUCGCCUUGACUUUGGACAACUAGAGUCGAUACGAAGUCCAGAAGCCGAGCUGUGGCUUGAAGUAUUGCAAAUUCCUCCUGCGUAUGAACUUUCUACGACGGUUGCGUCUACCGCGCGACUGAAGUAUCAGUACAUCGUGGCCGCUCAGGAGUUCGGCAACGACAACAAGGUAAUGCCAGCUCCGGCAGGUAAGGAGCUCGCUCCUGCCGCGAGAUCGUCUCUACUAAGGAAGAUCUGGCUGUACAAACUUCUUGUUCGCAAUCCUAACCUUCGCAUCGCGACCAUCGAAGCAGAGGUUGACAGACGUGGUGUACCGACCGGACACAAGCUAAGUAGGCUGUAUCGUCUCACAGCAAAUCCGGAUCUGCUGCGAGAGCGUGUUGCAACUCCAGCCACGCAUUUGCAAGCCGUGGGCGAGAUCCGGUCGCGAUAUGAACGUAAGAUGGUCGGGGUGCCUGUCCGUGCUGCCCGCAUGCCGAAGCCUUUUGUGCCACUUCCGCAUAUGCCGUUCUGCAAUGAGGAAGACUCUGCUCCCUCAGAGCCUUUUUCCAUCAAAACUCGAGCUGGAAAAAAGAGUGGAGACACGGACUCUGAAGCAGGUGAACGGUCUGGCGCCUCGACAAACUCCUGCCAUGGCAGCUUUACUUCUGGGGGGUGUGCUGGGGAUUCAGUCAGGAACAACUCAUACACGGUGGUAGCGAAGCCUCACGCCCGGGAGGGUCCACCUGUGGGAGCGGAAGUAGCACAUAAGACAACAAAAGUACCAAAUUGGGUUCAAGAGGAACGAAAGCGACUGCUGAACACCGUUGGGCACUUAGAUAGGGCCGACUGCAACCCUGCAGCGGUUGACAGCGAAUGGCCGGUGUACCCCGAGGAGUGCACCGAAGACGAAUAUUACAGCUCAGACAGGAUGAGUGAGAUGCGUAAGGAAUUUGGCAAGGCGGAACCGAUUCACAGAAAGGAAGCCAGCUUUCAGGAUGGAGCUGCUCCUGGCGCCUUCGACAGUAAGCUUGCAAAUAUGAUCAGGCGGAUCCAACAGAGAAAAAGUCAGGACCAGGAAGCAGCUCAGCACGCUCAGACUUUGCUUCGCAAGAUGACUGCCAAAUCUGGACUGCCUCCGCAAAGACUGCCAACAACCACGGCGGAAAGAAACGACAGCGACAUCGUCGGACUCACACCUUCUCUACAUGUUCGCAGUGAAGCGAAACACUUAGCGAUUCGCGGUAGCACUGUGGGAACGACUUCUUGCAACAAAUCUAGUGCCUCCGUUCGUUCCUCUCUGCCUUCCUGUCACCCCCUUGACGAGAGGUUCUCGGCGAAUCAUAUGUUCGGUCAGAAACCUUCGGCAUGGACAGGAACACAUUCGUUUAAAGCCAACUUGCAGCCUAGCUGGUCUACGUGGCGUGAAGCUACUAUUCGUGACUCAACAAAAAGUAUUUAUGUGGAGGAUGAGAAGCAGUGUCUCACACUACUCGAGAGGCAACAUUCCCGAGAACUCGCCCGCGACCGGGAUUUCUUUGCCAGGGCAUGCCGGCCACGCACUUCGCUGUCACCAACAGAUGACAGCAGCGAAAUGCGCGGUUCGCAGAACACCAUUCGGCGAAAUAUUUUCAGCGAACUGUCCAACGCUUUUUCGUCGGGGGCUGCCAGCUUUUUCAUGGAAGAGGUAACAGAGGAGACAGGUUCUCUAGAAGAUGGAGACGUGCAACGAGGACUUCAACACAUCAAUCGACGAGGCAGACGAAAUAGUAUUAUCACACUGCAUUCACUACGCGCGCAAGAGAUAGUUGUCCAAAGCAGUGAAAGGGGGGACACCUCACAGUCUGCCGCAAUGCUAACGUGCUCAUCAGGUGCCGCGUGCUCUGCUCCACCUAGAGGCGAGCGCGGAGUCUCUAUUACCAUGAACGGUGAUAACGAUGAGCGUACCACGGGUCACAUACUGAAGUUCCGCAACGAUGGUUUCCAUGCUAAUGCACCUCCUCUCACACGCGAACAACAACGUUCUGGCGACAAGACACCGCACGAGCAACAAGCAGGCACCCACGAUCAUGCUGGACGGCAGAUCCAGCAGCAAAUCGUUAGCAGUGAAACCUGCGCAACACGCCAGAGAAGGUCGAGCUACAGCGGCGGGGAAGAGGGUCCUGACGUGCCUCGCACUUUCGCUGAUAGGGUCGCCAUGUUUGAGGAACUUUUCGGCAAGAAAGCUCGAAGGACUCUAUCCACUCCGGAGUCUCGUAAAGCAGGAAACGAAGCAAAAGGGUCGCAGUCUGGUCGGCGACCAGAGAUGAUCUGGCUCUCACGACGAGGGCCAAUGCGAUUGGAGGCUGUGUAUACAGUGCGGCUGCCCCUGGUCUUAGACGAGAAAGGAGAACCGUGGGCACGGUACCCUAUUAUCGGCCCUGGAAAACCGGAGAACCAGAACCAUGCGAUGAUUUUCACAAGAAUGGAAACAAUGCAAGUGGUCGACAUGAAUAUGGAAGGAUACCUCGAAGAGACGCUUAAGCUACGAAACCUCUUACAAGAAUUUGUUGCCCACCCGCGCAUGAGAAUCCUUGGCUUUAGAGAGCAUAUCUUCACCGAAAAUGUCUCCAGCUUGGCGAGCUAUAUGGCGCUUCAAGAAAAUAUAUUCACCACUACGAAUCAAAGAUUUUAUCACGAGCCUCUCCAGGUGCGAAUGCACUACGGUCACCCGGAUGUAUUCGAUAGAUUCUUCGUGCAAACCUGCGGUUCCUGCUCCAAAGCAUCAAAUGGAAUCAACCUGUCUGAGGACGUGUUUGCUGGUUUCAACUGUACUGCUAGGGGAUACUCGGUCAGGCACGUCGAUUAUAUUCAGUGUGGCAAAGGCCGUGACGUUGGACUUCAGCAGGUUGUUAUGUUCGAAAAGAAGAUUGCAGGAGGAAAUGCUGAACAAAUGCUUAGCCGCGACGUCUGCAGAAUGGCAGCUAAUAUGGACUUCUUCCGACUCUUGUCGAUGUACUUCUCUGGACCAGGAUUCUUCCUCAACUCGCUUGUCCUUUUCCUCGCGGCCUACGUCACGUUGUACGUUAAAUGCAUUUUCUCCUUCUCAAAGCACAAGUACAAAGGGGUAACAGAGUCAGCUCUACAAUAUGUCAUUGCGCCGACAACCUACGUGCAGUUUCAGCUGGGCCUGCUUUUGGUUGUGCCGCUAGUAGUAUGGCUCUUUGUAGAGAAGGGGUGCUGGGCCGCCUUGACUAGGUCCGUCGACAUUAUUCUUAAACUUGCUGUCGCCUACUAUAACUUCAUGGUCGGCACAAAGGCGUCUGUUAUCGACCACGUCCUCAUCUACGGCGGUGCCAAAUAUCAAGAAACAGGCCGUGGAUUCGUCAUCGCUCACGCGACAAUGAAGGACCUCUGGCAAUUUUACUACUUCACUCACUUCAGCAUUGGCUUGGAGAUGAUGAUGCUUCUUUUUAUUUAUUCUGGCUACUGCGACUUUGAUGCUGGACUUUAUUUCUUGGAUGUUUGGCCCCUUUUGCUUAUGGCGCUGUCCCUGCUGUUCGUUCCCUUCCUCUUCAAUCCCCUUGGAAUGUACUACCCGCGCUUACUUGAAGACUUUUCUAGCUGGAGAAAAUGGAUGUCAUCGGCGGAUGUGAGACAGGACAAAGCCUCGUGGCUUGCGUGGUGGCGGAGCGAAAUGGAAGGACGAUGUGGCAUUGCGUGGCAUCACCAACUGCUUUUGGUCAUCCGGCUUUGCCGCUUCUUGGUCCUGUCCAUUGGCAUGGUUUCAUGCGUCGCGAUGUCAAUCAAAGCCUCUGAUCUGGACUGCGUCAUCUACCUCUUUGGCACAGCUGGCUGCUUGUUGUUCCUGGUGAUCUUCCUCGAUGACCUGAAACUAGCGAGCCCCAACUGGAACACGGUUCUCUCAUUGGUGCUGUGUUGCACAGCAACUGUCCUUCUUGGCUGGGCCAUAUCGACGGAACGAUUAACUCUGUCUGCUCUCCUUGCAUCGACAGCUGCGUUCCUGAUUUUUUCGUACGGGUUGCUUGAGAUAAGCUUCGCUCUCCUCGGACGAUGGGCUGUGAGGAACGACAUCCUUGCGGAGGCAGCGCGGACUUUCCAUUAUAUCGGAGGCUACUUUCUCUUCCUCAUUCCGAUACUGCUCUCAGUUUUUACCCUGAGUUUUCACAAAAUCCAAACUAGAAUUUUGUUCAAUCCUAAUUUCGUAACAAUAGUAAAAAGUGGUCUAGUACAGAGGGCGGAGGUCAUGAAAAAAGGACACGGCAAAGAAUAACGUAAUCCUACACUUUCCAGAAGUGAGACAUUGUCGGUUGACUAAUGACGUCUCCUUGAGGUACUGGCGUGAUUUGUACGCCGAUUGCGACUCUUGUAUGCAGAUCGGGCUUUAAAUGCUUUGGUCAAGCGAAAAAUAUGAUGUGAGUUACAGCAAGACUAACGCCCUCCAGUAACUCCAGAAGAUGUCUAAAGUUUGCGCCACUGCAGAAUUGCAGCUUACGCUUCGACAGAGAAAGAACCGUCCGUAAUCACACUUCGACUGUGAAGCAGAAGCUUCGUCAAAUUUGCAACAAAGUUGAUUGACAAUUCCGUAGUACCACAAAUCUCUUGACACAACCACGCGCUUUGCGCAUACCCGCGGGUCCAUAGAUGGAUUUGUGC